CACUUCUGGGCACAGGUGUGUGAAAUUGCAGAGUGGCACAGGUGGGUGCACUGCUGGGCACAGGUGGGUGCACUGCUGGGCACAGGUGGGCGGAGCUAGUGGGCGCACUGCAGGGCACAGGUGGGCGGAACUUGCGGGUGGCACUGCUGGGCACCGAUCAUCAGGGCUCUGAUCAUCAGUGCCCUGAUGAUUGGUGCCGAUCCCCGCUCUGACAACUGCCGGUUCUCGGCAAUCGUGAGGAAAGUACUGCAGUUGUCAGAGCGGGGAUCGCAACCGAUCAUCAGGGUCACUGAUCAUCAGUGCCCUGAUGAUCGGUGCCCAGCAGUGCCACACACAAGUUCCACCCACCUGUGCCCAGCAGUGCGCCCACCUGUGCCCAGCAGUGCGCCCACCUGUGCCACCCAGCAGUGUCAC